AUGCUGCGUGAUGUGCCUGAGCUCAUGACCGACGAGCCGAUUGCCGAGAUCAAGUGGUAUGAUGCAGUGAAUGAUGUGCGCAAUACGAUAGCUUCUAGGUGGCUUGACAUCAUCCGACUCAGGUCUCUUGUGCCUUCUUCUCACUUUCAGGAGUUAGUGGACAGAAUGAGGCAGAAGAUCGAGACUGUCGUGGAGAUCCAUGGGCAAGAACUUCCUUUCUGCUUGGAGCCUGACUUGGAGUUGGACAAGGUCUCUGAUAAGGAUACUCCAAACGAUCCAAGUGCCGCGACAACAAGUGAGCCACGGAAUUCCAGCAGCAGCUCUACUGCUACGGAGCAAGUGAAGAUGCUGCCACACACCUUCAAGUUCUUCCAGGUUAGUGCUGAGUGUGUGUGGUCUGUUGUUCAGGUUGACCAGGUUCAAGCUGUGGACGGGUAUCGCAACUUCUUUUCAUUUGCUGAAUGGUGGCAGUUCAAGACAAAGUACACCCAAUGGUUUACCAAAUCCUACUCAACGACCUGCCUGAGUCUAUCAGCAUGGCUCGAUGUCUCGCCUGGCCAUGUGAUGAGACGAACUGGAUACAAGGGCCUAAAGAGAUUAGCCUACUGUCUUCCAAUUGACGGAGCAUCUGCCAUGGGUAUUUUGCUUACGGUUGGAUGUAUUCUGCCUUCGAAUUCGCUUGGAGCAGAAGCAGUGACAGCUUGCAGAAUUCUUUUGGCAGCACUGGAGAGGCAUGCCAAGGUCCGCAAGAUCCAGGUACCCCUUGCUGAUGGUGGCAAAUUGUCACUUGAAGCCAAUGACGACAAUGAGUUCCUCCUGUCUGACCUGAAGUCACUGCACAAAAAACUCGGCCUGAACUAUGCCAGGCACAAGUGUGCAAUUGAAGUAGGGGGGUUCCGGGUGCCUGCAAGUCAUAUCGUUAUGGCCUUGCUGCGGUUGAGGACUUCUGGCUCAAAUGAGUGCAUCAAUGGGGCUUUUCACCUGCUCACAAAGAGUGUCUGUCACAGCUUUGCACAGACAGCAGAGCGCUCAAUAGAACAGAAGCUCCUUUCUGAGUGUCCAGAUCCAUGCGUUUUGGCCCGGGUUCAUCCAUUUAUGAAGAGGGCGACAACCAGGGGAAACAAGAGCCUUCAAAUGAGCUUGGUUUCCAGGUGGGUGUCUCGUGGCGGAGGAUACGUGUCUUUGAAGGACACCAACCUCGAGAAAUUGAACAUCGUGGGUAAGCGCUCGACACUAGCAAGUCGCACAGCCGCAGAGUACACAGCAAGGAUUUUGGUGAAAUCCGCGGAGUGCAUGGAGGAGUCGGUGGAGAAAUCCAAAGUUGUGAACUUCUGCUUUGACGCUGCAAGGGUGGCCGAAGAACAGGUACUGAGUGUGAUCUUCAGGGCGUGUGGCAAGCAGUUUGCUGGUGCAACUCAGCUUCUACCAUCGGGCUUGGGUGUGGACGAGUCUGCCUGUGCUAUGGAGAGGUUUGCUGAGGCAGCCAAAGUCCAAAUGGGACAGACUGCAGGCCCUGUGAAGUUGCCUUGCAAGAGCUUUGACUGGCGUGAAUUCCGCUUGCCAACCAAACAGUUGCUCAUGGCUGUGGCGAACGCUUUGCAAGUAUCGUUGCACAAUGGGUUUUCCUUCAAAAGUUGCAGGCCUCGAACCCUACUAGUGCCACGUAGCCACGAGGCAGACAGGUUUGCUCUGCUGGACACAGAGAAGCAAGCGCUGGGGCUGGGCAAGUGGCCCGCAGAUGCCAAGCUUUCCUUUGUGUACCACUAUGGUACGCAAAGGCGGUGGCUGGACUUUAUGCCCCAUGAUGACCAGCCAUACAAACUCAUUUUCAGCGCAGAUGAGGGAACUGAGGGGUUCAUUGGAUAUUUGCACUUGGCACACUGUGGGAUAUGGUGCAACUUCUGGCCAGAUAUGCUCCAUAAACUGGCCAGGAAGGCGUCCACGUCGCUGGUUUCCAGUGGAGCGGAUGAUGUUGUGAAGAAGCUGAGACGGGUGUUCCAGCUGAGCAGAGGUCCAUGGAGUACAUCGAAAUUCGGAAAGGAGUUGGAGGUUGCCCGUAUGCAAAUCCUCCGAAGUUUGAAGGAAGGCACCAUGGACCACCUGGAGUUGCUCGCGACCAGCAAUGUGACCCCUCAAGCUUCGGCCCUUCUGAGUUGA